AUGGAUAUUAUAGGUUAUGACCAUGUUACACCUACUACGGACCCAGGCCGCAUUUUUACAGUAUUCUUUGGACUCAUUGGCAUUCCUCUUAUGUUUAUUACCGCUGCAGAUAUAGGCAAAUUUUUGUCAGAAAUUGUAAUCAGGUCGUAUGCAAAAUUGCUACAAUUUUGGCACUUUGUUGCAUCAAUCGUCGAGUUGAUGCGAACGAACAUGUUCAACGGUGAUGUCGAUUCCAUAGAUUCUUUGUAA